UUCGGUUUAAUGUAACUGUGUGAACGGGUAGCGUGAUUACUUAAAACAUCGUGCUCAUAAGUGUGUGUGUGUGUGUUCAGGAAUGUUUAGCUUCAGUAACACCAGAAGCGUUCCAUCUCGUCAUUAGUUCUGUGUGGCUGUAUAGUGAGGCUGACUUCAGUCAUGUGUUAUAGUGCGUAGUAACGUGACACUUGUGUUUGGCGGCAGCUGGUUUGGAAACGGCUCAGUAUGGACUGCAGGCGGAACCUGGCGGAGGAUCUAAACUCUCCGUUCCGUGAGGGGCGUUUCUAGCGCUUCUUUCUGGAGAAGAGCGUCGAUCUCCAGGAUCUGUGCGUCGCGUCGCGUCGCGUCGCUCUCUGCAGCUCAGCUCAGCUCCGCCCGCGGCGCGGGGCGUGUCUCUGUGGGCGGGUUCGCGCGCGCUGCUGAUGUGAGGACGCAGGUGACGCGGCGCUCAGCUCCCAUCGGAAGACGCGCAGGAUCGAGACGCGUUGCUCUCUGACGGAUACUGACAUUAUUCCGGACUGAGAUUCCAGAGAAAAGCGCAGGAAUUUGGGAAGAAGGAGAGACGGAGACGCAGGGAGACCAUUGCGAAGGUCUGGAGAAUGCCAGAAUCUGGAGGCCAGUAGAAUGUUCCUCAUGUAGGAUAAGGCCAUUUGGAUGAACAUGGACAAAUGACCCGCAGGUAAAGACUCAGCCAUGAGCAUCACCUGUGGUCCACAGGACUCAAGAUAGCUGCAUCACGCCUCUCAGCAUCAGCCUGAAGGAAACCCAAGAAUCACUGUGCUUUGAAACCUCAAUUGGAAGCCUUUCAGAGAAAACUUAAAUUGCCAAACAAGCUGGGGCUGAAAAGCAGGAAUUCCCAUCUAUACCUCAUCACGCCCUGAUGCACCGACCAAUGGAGAGACCACGGAUAGAGUCUGGAUAAAUUGGAGACAGGCCAAGAAAGAGAGAGAAAACGAGUGAACGAUUGGCCCGUCUUGGCCUCGUCUGCGAUUACAGUCAAAGAGAAACUCUGAGCGCUGUCUCAGCUCUGCCGAGAGCAGCUUUCCGAGCUCGUAUCAUCGGGGUACGUGAAAUGCAGUCCGGGUGCUGGUCCUCUCUCUGGCCCCUGUGGCCCUUGCUGUUAGCCGGACUCUUUCUGUCGGCGGGGGCCCUGGAGUUUGGCGGGGCCCCGGGGCAGUGGGCUCGCUACGCCCGCUGGGAGGCCGGCUCCAUCGGGGAGCUCAGCUUUAGCCUGAAGACCAACGUGAGCAAGGCGCUGGUUCUGUACCUGGACGAUGGCGGGAACUGUGACUUUCUGGAGCUGCUCAUCGGCGGCGGACACCUGCAGCUGCGCUUCGCCAUCCACUGCGCCGAGCCGGCCGCCCUGCAGAUGGAGACCCGCGUCAGCGACGACCGCUGGCACAUGGUGCUGCUCACCCGCAACUACCGCGAGACCAUGCUGAUGGUGGACGGCGAGACCAAAGUGGCAGAGGUGCGCUCCAAGCGGAAGGAGAUGGCGGUCGUCAGUGACCUGUUCGUGGGGGGCAUCCCGCCGGACGUGCGUCUGUCCGCGCUCACGUCCAGCACGGUCAAAUACGAGCCUCCCUUCAUGGGCUUGAUCUCCAAUCUGAAGGUGGGCGAGAUGCCUCCCAAUCUUCUCAACAGCAACGGCAUCCAUAACGAUCUGGAGUAUCUGUGCGUCAAGCAGAACCCCUGCCUCAACGGAGGAUACUGCAGCGUCCAGUUCGGCGAGGUCCACUGCGACUGCUCCCACACGCGCUUCCGAGGGAAAUACUGCAAAGAAGAAGAGUACGCCGUGGAAGGUCUGGCGCACCUGACGUUAAACAACCAAGGAGACUCGUCUCUAGUGGGGAAAGAAGAAUCGGUGGCCACCUUCAAAGGGAACGAGUUCUUCUGUUACGAUCUGUCCAUGACUCCCAUCCAGAGCAGCACGGAUGAGAUCACGCUGUCCUUCCGAACGCUCCAGCGCAACGGCCUGAUGCUGCACACCGGGAAAUCUGCAGACUACGUCAACCUGUCGCUGAAGAGCGGCGCCGUCUGGCUCGUCAUCAACCUGGGCUCCGGCGCCUUCGAGGCGCUCGUGGAGCCGGUGAACGGGAAGUUUAACGACAACGCUUGGCACGAUGUUAAAGUCACGCGAAACCUGCGACAGCACUCAGGCAUUGGACACGCUAUGGUCACCAUCUCGGUGGAUGGCAUUCUGACCACCACCGGAUACACGCAGGAGGAUUACACCAUGCUGGGCUCCGAUGACUUCUUCUACAUCGGAGGAAGCCCGAACACGGCCGACCUGCCCGGAUCUCCGGUCAGCAACAACUUCAUGGGCUGCCUGAAGGACGUGGUGUACAAGAACAACGACUUCAAGCUGGAGCUGUCGCGUCUGGCCAUCGAGAGGGACCCUAAGAUCAGUCUGCACGGGGACCUGGUGUUCCGCUGUGAGGACGUGGCGGCCCUCGACCCCGUGACCUUCGAGACGCCCGAGUCCUACAUCGCCCUGCCACGCUGGGACACCAAGAAGACUAGCUCCAUCUCCUUCGACUUCCGCACCACCGAGCCCAGCGGCCUGCUGCUGUUCAGCCACGGCAAGCCCCAGAGCAGCAAAGAGCAGCGGCCCGGCCGCGAGAUGAAGACCGACUACUUCGCCAUGGAGCUGCUGGACGGCUUUCUUUACCUGCUAAUGGACAUGGGCUCCGGAAGCAUCAAGCUCAAGACCAGCAACAAGAAGGUGAACGACGGAGAGUGGUGCCACGUGGACUUCCAGAGAGAAGGACGGAGAGGCUCCAUCUCCGUCAACAGCCGCUCCAUUCCCUUCAGCUCUAACGAGGGCAGCGAGAUCCUGGACCUGGACAGUGACAUGUAUCUGGGCGGUCUGCCGGAGAGUAGUCAAGGCCUGAUCCUGCCGCCCGAGGUCUGGACCGCGCUGCUGAACUACGGCUACGUGGGCUGCAUCCGCGACCUCUUCAUCGACGGCAAGAGUCGCGAUGUGCGGCGUCUGGCCGAGAUCCAGAGCGUGCCGGGCGUCAGCAGCUUUUGCACGCGCGAGCUCCAGAAGAGGUGCAGCAGCGCCCCCUGCGCCAACGGAGGACAGUGCAAGGAGGGCUGGAACCGCUACAUCUGCGACUGCACUGGCACCGGAUUCCUGGGCAGCAACUGUGAGAUCGAGGCGACAGUGCUGAGCUACGACGGCAGCAUGUAUCUGAAGGUCAUCAUGCCCAGCACGCUGCACACAGAGGCGGAGGAUGUGGCGCUGCGCUUCAUGUCCCAGCGGGCGUAUGGGCUGCUCAUGGCCACCACCUCCAAAGAGUCGGCCGACACGCUGCGGCUGGAGCUGGACGGAGGACGGGUCAAACUCACCGUCAACCUCGACUGUAUCAGGAUAGACUGUAACCUCAGUAAAGGUCCAGAGAUCCUGACGGCCGGUCAGAAACUGAAUGAUAAUGAGUGGCACUCGGUGAAAGUGGUCCGGCGUGGGAGGAACUUGCAGCUGUCCGUGGAUAACGUGACUGUGGAAGGUCAGAUGACCGGCGAUCACACACGUCUGGAGUUACACAACAUCGAGACGGGUAUCAUGACGGAGCGCAGGUUCAUCUCUGUGGUGCCGUCUAACUUCAUCGGGCACCUGCAGGGCCUGGCGCUGAACGGUGUGCCGUACCUGGACCAAUGUAAGAACGGAGACAUAUCGUACUGCGAGCUGAACGCCCGCUUCGGCAUGCGCCACAUCAUCGCUGACCCCGUGACCUUCCGCAACAAGGGCAGUUACUUGGCGCUGGCCACGCUGCAGGCGUAUGCAUCCAUGCACCUGUUCUUCCAGUUCAAGACCACCAGCACCGACGGCCUGCUGCUCUUCAACAGCGGUGACGGCAGCGACUUCAUUGUGGUGGAGCUGGUCAAAGGGUACGUUCACUAUGUGUUUGACCUGGGGAACGGCCCGUCUUUGAUGAAGGGAAACUCGGAGAAGCCGCUCAACGACAAUCAGUGGCACAACGUGGUGGUUUCACGCGACACCAAUAACGUGCACACGCUCAAGAUCGACUCUCGCACCGUGACGCAGCACUCUAAUGGAGCCAGGAACCUGGACCUCAAAGGAGAGCUGUAUAUCGGUGGAGUAGCGAGGAGCAUGUACAGCAGCCUGCCAAAGCUGAUCGCGUCCCGGGACGGAUACCAGGGCUGCCUGGCCUCCAUGGAUCUGAACGGCCGGCUGCCGGACCUGCUAGCAGACGCCCUCCACAGAGUCGGUCAGGUGGAGCGAGGAUGCGAUGGACCCAGCACCACCUGUACGGAGGACUCGUGUCAUCAUCAGGGGGUGUGUCUGCAGCAGUGGGAGGGCUUCUCGUGUGACUGCACCAUGACGUCCUACGGGGGCUCGUACUGCAGCGAUCCUGGGACGACCUACAUCUUCGGCCGCGGAGGGGCCCUCAUCACAUACACGUGGCCCCCAAAUGACCGGCCGAGCACGAGGGCAGACCGGCUGGCCGUGGGCUUCAGCACGCAGCUGAAGGAGGCUGUUCUGGUGCGGGUGGAGAGCGCCAAGGGGCUCGGAGACUAUCUGGAGCUUCACAUAGAGCGCGGGAGGGUCGGCGUGAUCUUUAACGUGGGGACGGACGACAUCGUCAUCGAGGAGAGCGGCGUGAUGGUCAGCGACGGGAAAUAUCAUGUGGUCAGAUUCACACGGAGCGGCGGGAACGCCACACUACAGGUGGACAAUCUGCCCGUGCUGGAGCGCUUCCCUUCAGGGAGCUUUGAUAGUGAUCGGCUGGCUAUUGCUAGGCAAAGAAUCCCGUACCGACUUGGUCGGGUAGUUGACGAGUGGCUACUCGACAAAGGUCGGCAGCUGACGAUCUUCAACAGCCAGGCGUUCAUUAAGGUGGGCGGUGGCGAGAAGGGCCGGAACUUCCAGGGUCAGAUCUCGGGGCUGUACUAUAACGGCCUGCAGGUGCUGAAGCUGGCGGCCGAGGGAGACCCGAACGUUCAGGUGCAGGGCAACCUGCGUCUGGUGGGAGACGUGCCCUCCGUCAUGAGCACCGACACCACCUCCACCACGCCGCUCGCAGACAUGUCCACCACCAUCAUGGAGACCACCACCACCAUGGCCACCACCACCACCCGCAAACAACGCUCGCCCACCAUGAGAGACAGCGUCACGCAGAAUACUGACGAUCUGUUAGUAGCGUCAGCAGAAUGUCCGAGUGAUGAUGAAGAUCUUGAGGAGUGUGAUCCUGGAAACGGAGGUGAACUAGUGUUGCCAAUUAUAACUGUGGAUUCCCUUGACCCCCCGUCAAUUGUGACUCGUUACCCCAUUAUUCCCCCGCCCCCGACCUAUCGCCCCUUCCUCACCUUGCUCGAGACCACCAAAGAGUCUCUCCCCUUGCCCGGCCGGCCCCCCUGUCCGCUGGACCAGGAGGACUGCGAAGAGCCCAUGGAGGUCUCGGCCUACGGCUCGGGCGAGAUGACGGAGUCCGACGAUGAGGACUACUAUAAAAACUCCCCCCUCGUCACUGACCGGACCGUACUCCCCCCUCCCCCCGCAGCCGGGAACCCCCGAGGCGACCGGCCCUUCGCCCGUUUGCCCGAGUCCCAUCGCCCGCCGCUCUCGUUCACUCCCACAGCCCCCCCAGUGUCCCGGCUCAAACCCGGCAUCAACAGCGGCCCCAACAUCCCCGCGGGUAAAAUGAACACCCGCGACCAGGUGCUGCUGCCGCCCGUACAGCCGUCGGGCGACCCUGAACACGGCGGGCGGCACCGGCACAUCCCAGGUAUAACGUAUCCUCCCAAUUUCCCCCAUGUGCCCACUACAGACCCCUCGUCGCCAGACCGAGGGCCUCCGGGAGCAGUGGAGGUGAUCCGAGAGUCCAGCAGCACGACAGGCAUGGUGGUGGGCAUUGUGGCUGCAGCCGCCCUCUGCAUCCUCAUCCUGCUCUAUGCCAUGUACAAGUAUCGCAACCGCGACGAAGGCUCCUACCAGGUGGACCAGAGUCGCAAUUAUAUCAGCAACUCGGCCACACAAAGCAAUGGCACCCUGGUGAAGGAGAAGCAGCCCGGCGCAGCCAAGACGGGCACAAAGAGCAAGAAGAACAAAGACAAGGAGUAUUACGUCUGAGCUCGGCCUCCGGAGGGACUGAGGCAGAAGCGAAGGAGAGAGAAGGAGAGAGAUAGGAUGAGGAAUGGAAAGGGAGGUCCGGGUAUUUGUCAGCAGUUUACCGCUCACAUUUAGAGCUCUGACAUCAGUCUUCUUUAAUUUCCCGUCUCGUCUAGCUGUUGGCCCCAUUUCCAGCAAGAGCUAAAGAGUUUGAAAGCGUCUAGGGUUCGAAAUCAUCCCCUCCCUCAUUUCCAUUUUUGAUAGCUAAUCCCUAUUACAAAAAGAAACUCUGCAAACCUUUUGUAUUGAAGAAAAGUGGAUUUUUCCUCACAUGUAAUUUGACGCUCUAGUUUGUUCUUUGUAAAUACUACGUGAGUCCUCAAUAUUCAGAUCAUCUCCUAACCUGAUGUCAAAACACCCGCGUACGCCAGGCUGCUUGGGCGAUCCAUUGUUGCUUCAUCAGAGCAUUGGAUGCGGUUGAGAAUCGUUUGGGAACGAGAGCAGUUCAGCUGGAACGGCUUGGCAUAGGUGACAUUUCAAGAACAGAUGGUGCCGAAAAUGUUUAGCAGUCACACUCCUCCGUAAUACUGCCAAACCAGCUCCGUGUCAAAUCCGUCUCCCUCUCUUUCCAAGUGCUUCACGUUUCCAUCCUCCGCUCCCAUCAUCCCUCUCUUUCUCUCUUUCCCCGCACCCUUUCUUGGCUUGUUCUCUCUUUUUCUCCUUGUCCUUGGUGCUCAGGAGCAGAUGCAACGUAAUUCUGUUGUGUUUCCAGCAUGUGGUAUUCAAAAUGAAAAGAGACAAAAACAGUUUCUGUGGAGUCAAACAAAUAAAUAUAUAUCUAUAUAUCAAACCGUUACAACUAGCGAAACAUCUGUGGAUGAUCCCUUCAGCCGUCAGGACCCUCGGAGGCCCGCGGUCACCCCGCGUUCAAGCAAAUAUUCGUUGUGUGUUUUUGGGGUUCCCCAGGGCUCUGUCCUGGACCCACUGAGGAUCUUGGUUUCUGCUCCACAUUCAAGAACCUGAAACCCCCAACAACAAAUAGAUAUAUUCAUAUACAGAUAUUUGAAAAGACAAAGGGACACGAGCGACUGAAAGUCUGACGCGAUCGAUCAAGACCCACAUCAUGUCAACAAACCGUAUCAGUGGAAAACAGCAGAGCAGGAUGCUAGGAUGUCUUUUGUUUUGUUUUCUAUGUGUGUGUGCGUGUGUUUUUUUAUUUCGUCACAAUGUCUGAGGGAAAAGACAAUAACGUUCCAGUUAAUGUACAUCCCGUGUAGGGAACGUGAACUCACCUGCGUCUUUGACCACGUUCUCUCAGGAGGAAAGUAGGUAUGAACUUUGUGCAUUUAAUGGAAUGAACUCUCUUGAAAGAAAGACAAAUGGCCUGUUCCUUGGAAGAUGUACAUCUUGAACUCUAGUAUUCUAAUUUUCUCAGCUCUAUUAAAAGAACUAAACUCUACAUUGAAAAGAAAAUGUUUAAAACAGUUUGUGAAAUGUCUAAAUAUUUGAAUCUCAUCCCAGUGCUAAAAGAGAUGUGUUUUUCCUAAUCAUCAUCCCCAAGAAAAAAGAAAAAAAAAGAAAGUGCAGUGAAAUGCAAAGAUCAGUGAAUCGGAUUCCAGAAAGCAGAUGCUCUUUUGAAUAUUAAACAACAAAAUGUGAUUUGGUUUACAAGAGAACAUUUCCUUUACCAAGCGGGAGAGUAUCUCCUUGUAUCCAGAAGACUUUGAUCGUUGACUCCAUCCUACGUUUAAAUCAUGUCGCUCGCUUUACCCAGCGUGUGGAGGGCUGUUCAUACUCCAUACUCACUCGACGAGGACCAGACAUCAUCAUUUGAUUUCACUCUUCCAUCUCUGUGUGUUUGCGUGAGCGUUUGUGCGCUUGUUUGUCUGUGUGAAUGUAUUUCCAUUCUUUCCGUUCCUGUUCAGGUUUGUCGGUUGCGUUUCUCCUCAGCUCCCUUGUUCUUUCUAAAUGUUAUUGUAGAGUGUUCCAGUGAGAUGAAUCUGCAUACGUGUAUAUUAACAGAAGGGAAUACAAUUGGUUAUAUAC